AUGACGCGCUUUGUGACACCUCGACUCGUUUUGGGUAACGAAGAGGGUGCAAACACACCUUUCGCUAAAGCGUUUGCCGAUCUUUGCCGCCUUUUGCGAUCACCAGCAUGGACGUCGCCACUAUUGGUAGUUUAUGGCCACGACCCCGAUAAACGUCGAGGCGAACUCGAGCGCAGAAUUCGAGAGGACGAGGCGUCCGAGACUAUCGAUGGUCAACUACGAGUAUACUUUGACACCGUGUUAGCCCCGUUAAUCCAGGAGCGCGAGACGACUCUUGUUAACACGAUUCACGAGUGCGUGCAGCAGGAAAUGCAGACGCAACAACUAGUCCUUCAAGACCAGCGACAACGUAUUACGCAACUCUUAGAACAAAUUGAGGGAUGGGAGAAGCAGGUGGCACAUCUGAAAGGUAAAGUCGAUCGUCGAGUGGCCGAGAACAACGCUCUACGCAAGGAGCAGUACAGACAACUGCUAAUGCUGCGAGAUAUCAUGAGCAAACAGGGAACAGAACCGGGUGCUUUAUCGACGUUGAACGAUGCUAUCGCUACAGUUUUAGUCGGAAAGCAACAGACACCCACCCCAGACAACAUACAGAAUAACGAGCAGGAUCAAGCUAGAAACUCUGGACGUGUAUGGUCGGCUAAUGCUAACACGCAUCGAGAGAAGGAGAAAUGGGAGCAACGUGCACGAGAGGCUGCAGCUGAGUGUCAACAGCUUCGAGAUAAAGUUGCUUCUUUGACGCAGGAGAACUUGCGGUAUCGCGCUAAUGAGUCCACACCUUGGUUCUUAAAACCAGAGAAUGCCAUCGCAGAACGACGAAGGAUUACAGACGCAGUGCGUUCGUAUCAAGGCAGUUGGGAUGAGAUCGGUGAUUCUCUUGUGGAGUUUUUGAGUAAUGAUAUUCUGUGGGCAGCAGUGGAGCAAAGUGCUCGUCGUGGUGGCAAGCGACGCAACGCACGAGGCCUUGAGGCAGUCAUGACACAGCUUGAUAAUAAGACAAAGAUUAUUUCUAUUGAGGGAGAAAAUGUAGAGGAGCAAGACGAAGAUCCACGUGCUCGUCAACUCGGUAGAAGGCAGUCGUCAGAGAUUGGGCGUUUAAUCCCGUGUAGAGCGUGCAUUGGCGUUGGAUACAUCCAUACGGAUGGAGAAGACGGUGUGAACGACGCAGACUCGUAUCUGCGUAAAACCCUCGAGCAGGUUCUGGAUCUAAAGACUCAAUUGGAGAAGGCGAACACCACCACGUUGGCAUUAGAAGGGAAGCUUCAGCUGUCUACGAUGCAUGUUGUAGAGCUACAGGAGAAGAUCCAAGUAGCAGAGUUAGUCAAGUCCAGUGCAGUGGAUAGUUGUCUUCAAACGGACUUGGACGAAGAGGAAGGGAUUGACGUUGAUGAGAUCAUACGCUCAGCUUACGGUCAAGAUAAUUCAACCUCCGAUAGACCCCGCUUUGCGUCGCGUCAACAUCGACGUAAUGUGCAAUACGAUAACUUGAUUGUCGAGUUAAAGAGUACCCUCGCUGUCAAGGACGAAGGGUUAGUGGAGAGCAGACAAGCGCUCGACGUAGCACAGGAACGAACGGUGACUUUGCAGCGUGCGCUUCAGAAAGAAAAAGACACUCACGCGCAAGAGCUGGCGAUGCUGAAAACCUCGCUGGCUUUCUCGUUGAAGACUCGAAAUACUAAGAUCGAAGAGCGACAAGCUGCAGUGAAACUUUUGAUGAAAAAACUCGCCAUGAACUCGCCCAGGAUGGAAACAUUAGUGGAACGCUAUGCUAACGACAUUAUUCGAGUGCGAAAAGAGCAUGAAACGCAGCAAGAAAUACUGAAAAGGGCCGAAGCAGAGAUCACCGAGGAAGACGAGAAACGCAGUCGCACCAACAGUAUUUGUCAAGGCAGUCUGGUUGUCAGUUUGGCGUCACAUCCUCGGGACUUGUUCAAGGCCCUUUCAACCGCACAAACAGACAACUUAAAGCAGCGUAGGGCAUCCCAACGCGCAUCCGCUCUUCAGACCGAUCGCUUGUUAACGUUGACAACCCAUUUAGGACACAUGUCGGAGGAGCUCUGUACUUUGCGGAAACGAAAUCUAGCCGAGGUCGAAUUCUGGAAACUGGAAUGUGAAAAACUCCAGAAUACCAACAAAGCGCUAGAAGCGGCGCAGCAGAUUUACCAAAAGCAACUGCUAGACGCACGUAAUGACAAACAAACCGACGACUCGACUGGAGUCUGCUCGAUCUGUGAGAAACACAAGAAGAGACUGAUGCAGAUCUCCAACGAACUUUUGAACCAAUCGAAGCUUUCCCAGACCGACCCAGAGGUUGAGGUACCACUUCCGUCAACGCUAACUGAAGCAGAACGUAAACAUGUCAGCAAUGCCAACAAUUAG